UCUGAUGAGCUUGGAGAAGAACAGGCAUUUGUGAUAGGUCAUGACUGGGGUGCAGAAAUUGCAUGGCACCUUUGCCUUUUCAGGCCAGAUAGAGUAAAGGCUCUCGUUAACUUAGGCGUCCCUUACCGGCCACGUUCCCCACAGUUCAAACCUUCUCACUACUUCACUAAAUAUGGACGAGGCUUCUACAUCUCCCAGUUCCAGGAGCCUGGAGGAGCAGAAAAUUCUUUCUCCAAGUAUGACUCGGUGACAAUUCUGAAGAAGUUUCUGUUGAUCAAUGCUCCUGAUCUUCUAGCAGCACCUCCAGGGGUUGAGAUUAUAGAUUUUCUCGAAACCCCAUCUUUGUUGCCUCCAUGGAUUACUGAAGAAGAGCUCCAAUUUUCUGCUAGCAAGUUUCAGAAAACUGGUUUCACAGGGGCCUUGAACUAUUACCGUGCUAUGGACUUGAACUGGGAGCUUCUUGGGGCAUGGCAGGGAGCUAAAAUUACAGUGCCUACAAAAUUGAUAAUUGGUGACAAGGAUUUGGGGUUUGUAUCAUUUGGGACAAAGGACUACAUUAAUGGAGAAAUAUUCAAGAGCUUUGUACCUAACCUUGAAGCGGUUGUCAUUGAUGGGCACCAUUUUAUCCAGCAGGAGAAAGCUGAACAAGUUUCUAAUGAAAUUUUAUCCUUUUUUAGCAAGAAACCAAAGAUGUGAUCAAUGAAUCAAUUAUGCAAAUAGUUUAGCACACCUUCAAUAAGUGCUAAUUCCUGAAAUUAAGUUUGUUGAUGUAUCACUUUUCAUAAGGAUAUUGAUACUUGAGACAUUAAUAGUCUGUUUGGCAUUAUUAUUA